ACCCCGCCCCCUCCCCGCCUUUUCCGUCCUCCCGUCCCCCUCCCUCGGCCCGCUGCCGCUGCUCCAGAUGAGGUGAUGGCAACGGCCAACUUCGGCAAGAUCCAGAUUGGGAUUUACGUGGAGAUCAAGCGGAGCGAUGGCCGAAUACAUCAAGCAAUGGUAACAUCUUUAAAUGAAGAUAAUGAAAGUGUAACCGUUGAGUGGAUAGAAAAUGGAGAUACAAAAGGCAAAGAGAUUGACCUGGAGAGCAUCUUUUCCCUUAACCCUGAUCUUGUACCUGAUGAAGACAUUGAACCCAGUCCAGAAACACCUCCACCUCCAACAUCCUCAGCCAAAGUAAACAAAAUUGUAAAGAAUCGACGGACUGUGGCUUCAAUUAAGAAUGAUCCACCUCCAAGAGACAAUAGAGUGGUUGGUUCUGCACGUGCACGGCCUAGUCAACUUCCUGAACAGUCUUCCUCUGCACAACAGAAUGGUAGUGUUUCAGAUAUAUCUCCAGUUCAAGCUGCAAAAAAGGAAUUUGGACCUCCUUCACGUAGAAAAUCUAAUUGUGUGAAAGAAGUAGAAAAAUUGCAAGAAAAACGAGAAAAAAGGAGACUGCAACAGCAAGAACUUAGAGAAAAAAGAGCCCAGGAUGUUGAUGCUACAAACCCAAAUUAUGAAAUUAUGUGUAUGAUCAGAGACUUCAGAGGAAGUUUGGAUUAUAGACCAUUGACAACAGCAGAUCCUAUUGAUGAACAUAGGAUAUGUGUUUGUGUAAGAAAACGACCACUCAAUAAAAAAGAAACUCAAAUGAAAGAUCUUGAUGUAAUCACAAUCCCUAGUAAAGAUGUUGUGAUGGUACAUGAACCAAAACAAAAAGUAGAUUUAACAAGGUACCUAGAAAACCAAACAUUUCGUUUUGAUUAUGCCUUUGAUGACUCAGCUCCUAAUGAAAUGGUUUACAGGUUUACUGCUAGACCACUAGUGGAAACUAUAUUUGAAAGGGGAAUGGCUACAUGCUUUGCUUAUGGGCAGACUGGAAGUGGAAAAACUCAUACGAUGGGUGGUGACUUUUCAGGAAAGAACCAAGAUUGUUCUAAAGGAAUUUAUGCAUUAGCAGCUCGAGAUGUCUUUUUAAUGCUAAAGAAGCCAAACUAUAAGAAGCUGGAACUUCAAGUAUAUGCAACCUUUUUUGAAAUUUAUAGUGGAAAGGUAAGUGGGAACUUGUGUAUUGCCACAAUCUCUCCAGGAAUGGCAUCCUGCGAAAAUACUCUUAAUACAUUAAGAUAUGCAAAUAGAGUAAAGGAGUUUGGAAUUAGUCCAUCAGACAUUCCCUUCUCACAGGGUAGUGGCAGUCGCCCUGAUCUCUCUCCUUCUUAUGAGUAUGACGACUUUUCUCCUUCAAUUACCAGGGUGAAAGAAUUGACUGUAGACCCAACCGCUGCUGGUGAUGUCCGUCCAAUAAUGCACCAUCCACCCAACCAGAUUGAUGACUUAGAGACACAGUGGGGUGUAGGGAGUUCCCCUCAGAGAGAUGAUCUGAAACUUCUUUGUGAACAAAAUGAAUCUAUUCGAUGGUUAGAAGAUGAAAAGGCUCUUCUAGAGAUGACUGAAGAAGUAGACUAUGAUGUAGAUUCAUAUGCUACACAACUUGAAGCUAUUCUUGAGCAAAAAAUAGACAUUUUAACUGAGCUGCGGGAUAAAGUGAAAUCUUUUCGUGCUGCUCUACAAGAAGAAGAACAAGCCAGCAAGCAGAUAAAUCCGAAAAGACCCCGUGCCCUUUAAAUUGGCAUUUGCUGCUAAAGGAUCCCCAGAACCCUCACUACUGUAACAUACAAUGGUUCAGCUGUAAGGGCCAUUUGAAAGUUUGAAAUUAAGUGUCUGUGGAAAAUGUCUUGUCCUUCACCUGAAUGACAUUUCAAUUUUGUGAAACACUCCUUUGUCUACAAAAUGCUUCUAAUCCAGGAGGCACAACCAAGAAUCGGGAUUAGUGAAGCAUUUUGUUUCAUUUACCCGAAUAGUGAUUUACUUUUGGAGAUCCUUGCCAGUUUUAUUUUCUAUGUGAUGAAGAUUGCGGACUCGAUCCAGAGGUGGAUAGUAGAGGGAAGCCACAGCAUUUCCUUUUAACUCGGUUCAAUUUUUGUAGCGAGACUGAGCAGUUUUAAAUCCUUUGCGUGCAUGCAUACCUCAUCAGUGAUUGUACAUACCUUGCCCACUCCUAGAGACAGCUGUGCUCACCUCUUCCUGCUUUGUGCCUUGACUAAGGCUAUUAACCCUAAAUUUCUGAAGCACAGCCAAGAUAAACUACAUUCCUUAUUUGUCAUUGUAAAUUACCUUUGCGUGUACAUUUUUACUGUAUUUGAACCAUUUUUUUGUGUGUGACUAGUUAAUUUUGCAGGAUGUGCCAUAUCAUUGAACGGAACUAAAGUCUGUGACAGUGGACAUAGCUGCUGGACCAUUCCAUCUUAUAUGUAAAGAAAUCUGGAAUUAUGAUUUUAAAACCAUAUAACAUGUGAUUAUAAUUUUCUUAGCAUUUUCUUUGUAAAGAACUAAAAUAUAAACUAGUUGGUGUAUAAUAAAAGUAAUGAAAUUCUGA